AUGAACCUCUUCAAGUACAUCGUGUCACUCUUCGUCUUGUUCGCGGCUGUCACUUCCGCAAAGGGUGAUAAACCCUGUUUCAACCAGUGUAACAACCCAGGUGAACUUUUCUGCGACUACGAUGAGCAAACCAACAUCCAUUACCUCAUGAAGUGCGGCAACAAUGGCUGCAUCCGGCAGGAAAAGGAGUGCAAGAGUGAAGAAAAGAUGUGCAUCGCAUCGCCGACCCCUCACUGCACUUCGAACUCCCAAGCCUGCGCUGGCUGUGACGAGUACUUCACCCACUGCAAGAGUGAUUACUGGGCUGCUUGUCCCAAGGGCUCAGACUGCGAGAAGGUUUGCAUUCGAAAGACUUGUGAGAUGGACGGUGGAAAGUGUAGGAAGGAUUGUGGCAUGCUCAUUUGCAAGACUUGA